UCUGCAUCCUCGUGGAUCCGUCCAAUUCGCCGUCCGAGCGGAGAUCGAGCAGUCUGCAGAUGGCCAUGGCGUUGCGGGCAUUAGGAAGGAGGAUUUCGCAUUCGGAUAGGUUCUUUUCGAGUUUGUCUGAGGCUGCGAAGCCUCCCAGCGACGGGAAGCUCAUCAAUCUCUUUACCGCCAUUAACCAGGCCCUCCACAUCGCCCUCGACACCGAUCCACGUUCUUAUGUUUUUGGAGAAGAUGUUCGCUUUGGCGGUGUCUUCCGAUGUACAACCGGAUUGACAGAUAAGUUUGGCCGAGAUAGAGUUUUUAAUACUCCCCUAUGUGAGCAGGGUAUUAUUGGGUUUGCAAUUGGCCUUGCAGCAAUGGGGAAUCGAGCUAUUGCUGAAAUCCAGUUUGCAGAUUACAUUUAUCCAGCGUUUGAUCAGAUUGUCAAUGAGGCAGCCAAAUUCAGAUACCGAAGUGGGAAUGAGUUCAACUGUGGAGGUUUAACAGUGAGAUCUCCAUAUGGAGCUGUUGGGCAUGGUGGUCAUUAUCAUUCACAAUCACCAGAGUCUUUCUUCUGUCACGUGCCUGGUCUUAAGGUAGUUAUUCCUCGAAGUCCCAGACAAGCAAAGGGAUUGCUGUUAUCCUGCAUACGUGAUCCAAAUCCAGUUAUAUUCUUUGAACCAAAAUUGUUGUAUAGAUUAUCUGUAGAAGAGGUUCCUGAAGAUGACUACAUGUUGCCUUUAUCUGAGGCUGAGGUGAUUCGUCAAGGGAGUGACAUAACACUUAUUGGCUGGGGAGCCCAGCUUUCAAUAUUAGAACAAGCAUGUGAUGCUGCUGCAAAGGAAGGAAUUUCUUGUGAACUAAUAGACCUGAAAACAUUAAUACCCUGGGACAAGGAAACGGUAGAAAGCUCUGUUAGAAAGACUGGAAAGCUUCUUAUCAGUCAUGAAGCUCCUGUGACUGGAGGAUUUGGUGCAGAGAUAUCUGCUUCAAUUGUCGAGCGCUGCUUUCUACGGUUGGAAGCUCCUAUAGCAAGAGUUUGUGGACUUGAUACACCAUUCCCUCUUGUUUACGAACAAUUUUACCUACCAACGAUGAACAAGAUAUUGGAUGCGAUAAAGGCAACAGUGAAGUACUGAUGUGAAGAGGAGAGAAUCAUUUCACUUUAUUAGUUCUUCCAUUAUUGACAUAAGGUUGAUAUAGUUGCAGAAUUUAUGUAUCAUUUAUAUGUAAAGCAAUAGCCCUUUAUUAGUAUUUGAAUAAAUUUCCGUUACAAACAUCUUAUCUAUUCUCAUCGACCAAUGGAUCCUAAUAACUAGUUUCUUUGCUAGUUUAUAAUGUUUGAUUAUUGUCAUGAUAA